GUGGGUGCCGAUGUGGCUGGCUUCAUGGGGGAUCCCGACCCCGAGCUCUUCGUGCGCUGGCACCAGCUUGGUAUUUGGUAUCCCUUCUACCGGGCCCACGCUCACCUGACCACGAAGCGGCGGGAACCUUGGCUGUUGGGCGGCAGCGUCCUGGGAAAGGUGAGGAAAGCCGUGCUAGCACGGUACCGGAUGCUUCCCACGUGGUACACCCUGGCUGCCGAAUGGGCUUUGGCUGGAGCGCCCAUGGUACGACCCAUCUGGUACCACGACCUGGAGGAUGCAGAAGCCUUCCAACAUGCCGACACGCACUUCUUGGUUGGGGAUGCCCUGCUGAUUCGGGCUCCUUCCGAGGGGGCGAAGUCGGUGAAGGUUUACCUGCCAGGUACGGUGAGGUGGUUCGAUUUCUGGCAUCCCAGGAUUCAUGCGCCCGGUCAGGCCUUCAAGGUGUCCUUGAACAAGAAUCAUCUCCCCGUCUUUGUUCGGGCCGGCCGCUGCCUGUUCCAGCGCAUGCGUCCUCGGCGCAGCGCCACCGCCAUGGUCAAAGAUCCUCACACGGUGGUUUGCUAUGCGGACGAAGAGGGCCGGGCGUCCGGCAAGGUGUACCUGGACGAUGGCUCCAGUCAUGACUAUCAG